CGAGGAAGUGCUCCGGAGCUCAAUGGGCUAUCAACCCACCAAUAUGACGGUGCCGAUACUGGAGCGCGCCAAUCUGGGCAUGGGCUCGCCGCUGAUGCGUAUGCGCCUCAACGAUAAUCACACCACGACAUCCUUCCUCCAGCGCGUUGACAAGAAUAUGAUCACAAACGACGAGGGCCACGGAGGCGACUACCCAGCCCUGUACAUCACCAAAUUGUCGAUAUUUGCAUCAAGCCAAAGCAGUGGCGACCGAUCCGAGAUCUCAUGGAAUUCGACGGGAACGACAAAUAUGUGCAGCUGACACUGGAGAAAUCGGACGGAUACCACACCAACAAUCUCGCUCUCUUGGGACCAGACUACGACCACGAAGGCCUUCCAGACGCAUCCAAGAUCAGCUUGGUGAGGUCCUUCAUCAACGUCCAUGGCGAAGAAAAGAGCGUAUUCAUUCAGCUCACUCCACACUACGACCUGAAACACUCAGUCCUGCAAGACCGUCGAGCUGUGAUCGCUCAAACCAUGUGGAACGUGGUGAAUGGUGUUACUAUAGACCUUAAAAGCCCUCUGAUGUACAACUUCAACGCCCUGCCGGAGGACCAAAGUCCAAUGAUCUACUCUGCAGAAGAAGAGCGACUGGCUACAGACAAACUCGGGCCAAAACUCGAGAAGGACAAAGAGUGUGCCGACCGCUAGAUUGAGCAAUUUGGUGACAACAAGUAAGUGCCCAAACGAUGCUUGUGGAUGGAGGUUCCGGAAGUCGCCUCAAUAUGUCUAUGCCCACUUCGGCCUGCACGACAAGUGGCGAGCCGAGUCCAAGAUAAUUGCGUUCCUGCAGUAACACUUUUAGCAGAGCUGCCUAGGAUGGAUGCGUAGAUGGCUCUA